AAAUGGUGCGCUUGGCUGCCUUCAGGUGUCGUUGUUUACGUUUGUUUGUGGCUGGUGAGAGCGACGGAGGCGGGAGGAGCAGGCCCAGUGCACGAGGGCUCACCCACCACCACGGCGGCGCCAUGGACGACAAGGAGGAAGGGGAGGUGUCCGAUGGCAACGAUGAGGGCUUUGACCUAGCAUACAAGCCUGUUACUCGUCCUGAUUCUUCACACUAUCGUCAUGUUGCCCGUCAUAUGCCCUCCAGCGAUGAAGAAUAUUCCUCGGAUUCCGACUCGGAUACGCCAAUGUCUGCCAAACGUAAACGGCCCAACAUCAGCAAAAUGGAUACUUGUUACACAGAAAGCCAUGACCCCAAGGGCUGGGCCAUUGAUAAUGCAACAAAUGAGGCGAGACAAAUUGCAAAACCUCGACGUCGUAACAAUAUUUGGUCGACUGUAAUGGAGGAGCAGGACCUCUCUCGAGAAAUAGGGGGCUUUGGUCUUAAACGGAGACUGGAUCAGGGUGAUCGCAAUGUUGAAAGCUACGAUUACACACAAGCCUUAAAAGCCCGAGGCAUUGAACUGGAUGAUUCGGCAGAGGAGGAAGAGGAGGGGGAGGAAGAACAUGAGGAUAAUGAGCAGGAAGAUGAAAAUGAAGACACAAAGAAGAAAAGACUGAACAGAAAGAGACAUGUAAAAGAGAGAAUCGGCUACAAGAAAACGAAAACGAAAAGUGGGCAGCGGAACUUGGUGGAUGUGUGUGUGACAGAGGGUAUGACUGAUGAAGAAGUUGGUCAUGCCUUAGCAGUGGGUUUAAUGGAAAGGAAGCCAGAACUAAUAGUACGAGUUGUGGAGGUCUUGGGUCGUGAGAAAGCUGUGGAGCUCUACAGACAGACACAAACAUUGGAACGUGAAGGUGGACUUAUGAUUAUGAAUGGCUCCAGAAGAAGAACAUCUGGGGGAGUGUACUUGCAACUACUGAAGAACCUUCCAAGCAUAGAGAAAGCUGAUAUGCUAAAAAUAUUCCCACAAGAAGAUUCAUCACAGCAGUGGAGAAAACGCAAGAGAGCUCACCGUAAACGUGAAAGACAUGAAUCAAAGCCGCAGGGGGAAGAUGUCACUGAGGAAGGUUUGCAUCUAGGGGGACUCUUCUCAGAUGACCCUGGGGGAGCCAAGUGCCCCGGCUCAACGCCAGUCACCUCACCACAACCAUCGGAUAAUGAAGAGGAGGACCUUGCUGGCUCUCUGAUUAAUCAGCUGUCACCUUCAGCAUUGCCCGAUCUGGUAUCCAUUUCCACGCCUCCAGUUGUGGCUGACCCAAGAACAUGUAAGCCAGACUCCUCUCUGGACACAUUUAAUGGAGGCUUCUUGAACGUUCAGGGUGACCCUCGGGCAGCUAAAUUGGAAGAUAGAACGGCUGAAGUGUACGAUGAAGAUUUCCUUGACAUCCACACCACCGAUGAGAUGGAGCUCUUCUGAUGCCAUCCAGACUCUUCUAGAGUGAAUUUAUGGGUUAUCACUUUUUAUAACACUAGUUUAAUUGUUUUGUUGAGUUACGAAGGAAGUCUGCUGAUAUUUGGCAUUUCUCUCACGAAGUGUGAAAUAAAUGUUUUGUUUCCAAAAGUUACAGCUGAGGCCUUUCUAUUUAGCCAUUUGCCUAGGGCUCUUCAGUUUCUGACCUCAUUAGUGGAUGUUCUUCAUGGUAAGGGAAGCAUUCGCUCUAAUGGUUCAGAUGUAACAUCGUGAUUCUUGCUCUCAUUGUAGCAUCAGCCUUACUUGCUAGGGUGUCCUUAUAGCAUCAGCCUUACCUGCUAGGGUGUUAUUAUAGCACCAGCAUUUCCUGCUAGGGGUGUCAUUGUAGCAUGGGACAUCAUUUGCUAAAAUACCAUUGUACCAUCUGCUGAAGUGCAAGUGCCUCAAGAGUGUGUUGGGUUUGACAGUAGUCCAAUUACCCUUAAGUGGCUCAACGUAAUUAAAGGUCCCACAUCAUGGUGUGCAUGAAAUAAUAAUUCGCAAAACUAUUGAUCAAAUAAAAAUGGCAUAUGCUGAUUUUAGCACAGGAAGUAAUUGCAGAUAGUGAUUGAAGUCAUUUAAGGGUUAAGGAGAAUGCAUCCUUGGGUUUAUAUAUUUUGUGUGACCUGACUGGCAAGAGUGUAUACCUUUCAAAUGAGAAUGCUGUAUAAAAUGAAGCUUGAUAGUAGGCAGCUUGAUAAAAGCAAAAUUCAGGGUUCAAAUGGAAGAUUUGGGAAUGGAAAAAUUUUAUGCGCACUUUUAGCUACUGAUCUCUCUCAGUAUCUGUAUUGACGAUGAAAGUACUAAUGACACAGUUAUAAUGUUUGAAUAUACAUUUUGUUUUUAAAUACUUUUUUUUUAAUAUAAAUACUGUAUUGCUUAUAAAUUACUCUAUAAUUCAACAUUGCUGGAAUUAUAUACAUUGCAGGAAAUGUAUAAAUAAAAAAUGAGUAACAGUACAAGCAGACAUUAACAUUAUUAGUACAUUAACUCUUAAAAUAUUGAUGUAAAGUGAAAGUGUAUACAGUAAACUGUGUGUGUGCGUGUAGUAGGAAUGUCGGGUACAUGGUACAGAUUGAAUUGGGAUGCUGGUCUGAUAAACCAGAAAUGUCAUGAGAUGUACGAGUAUAGUAUGAUGUACGAGUAUAGUAUGAAGUGUUGAUGAAGGGUAUGCUUGUGAUGGGGUAUAUGUGUGUGCUUCUAGGUAACCGAGGUGGUUGGUUUGGAGAGAGAGAGGUGAUAUUUGCGUGUGAGAUGGUGUGUCUGUUGGUGUUGGCUGAAGAAACAUGUGUUUGAGUCGUAUCAACUGUUUGCAGCUGAAGUUUUGAUUUGGAGAUAUACAGAUGCAAAGUAUGUUUCACAUUUUUACAUCAUCAUAAAAGCAAAUUUGAAGGGAACAGUUUCUAGCAAUUUGUUUAGUCCUGAAAGAUUCUUGAUUUUUGUGUUUAAUGAAUGGUUUUAUUUACAGAAGUAAUCCAUGUCAACUUGCAAUACUAGACUGAGUUCAUCACUGUGUUGUAUUUAAUCCUUGAUGUAAUGUAGAGUUGGGUACUGUGAAGGACACAUUUUUAUUGAUUAUUUUAUUUAGGUAUUUUGAUUAUUUUAAUUAAAUUGUCGUGAAUUUAAUUAAAUUUUAUUCUUAAUUUUAUUCUGAAAGCUACGCUUCUUGGAUUAUUGUUGUUAAUUCCAAAAUAGUUAUUUAGAAUAAGUGUCAUGUAAAACAGGGCCAAUGAAUGGCAUACUAAAAUUUAUUUAAAAAAUAUUUUUUACUUGCUAGGUAAGGGUGUUAUACUGAAGACUUAAUGUGUGUGUUUUGUAGUUUGCCAACUUCCAGCACACUUUAAUUUCUUCAUUUCUCUACAUGCCCAUUUAAAAUACUGUCCUACCCUUCUUGCUGAACAAGAAGGGGUAAAUAUUAUUCUUGUUUAACCCUGUGUCAAUAUCCUGGUGCAUUUCAACAUUCCACACAAUCCAUUCACCAAGCAAUAGAAAAUUUGUAUUCUUUUCAGCACUAUGCAUCACGAUGACACAUUAAUGCUGAAAAUCCCAAGAUAUUUCACUUUUGACAUACAUCCAUUAAAUUACAUAUAUGAAUGUAAAGAGAUUGAUUUUUUUAAUUUUUUUUAUGCUGGGGUAAACAGACACCGCAGGGCACUAACGGAAAAUGGACACUAGGGUACAAAUGAAAGUUUGACACUCUUAAGGUAUUUAUAGAAGUUUGGGCAUCCAAGGUUAUUAAGGAAGGGUUAAGGAAAGAGGAGACAAAAUUACUAAUCUGUCCUGCAUGUUGGACUAGGAAGACGAAGAGCGAAGUUUGCCGGUGGGUAAAGUGUGCCUGAGCCAUGUUUAAUCACUAUUGAUUUUGUCAUUAUAUUGUCAUUUACCUAAGGGGACUUGUCACUAUUUUUGUGAAAAAAAUUUCAUGAAGAUCUUGCCCAGAUUUCGUGGCCAGAUCCCUUGGAAUUUGGAAAAAUCUUGUAUACUAUAGGAUGUAUAAUUUACAAAAUUUACUGCUGAAAACAAGAGUUUACACUAAAAUAACAACACAGAGGAAAUAAGAGAUGUGUUGGAGAUUUUGCAAGAAAUACAGUAAGGCAUUUGCAUGUAUAAUAAAUAUUUUUUGGGUGGGGGUACCCAAAUAGUGGACAGAUUUGAGAAGCGCUUAUUUGAAUCAUUAUACUUUCUCACGUACACGGAUAAGAAUGUGGUACUGUAUGUGCUUUCUAAUGAAGACUUGGUUUAUAUUUGUGACUUGAAGUUGCUUGAUAUAUCGAAUCACAGAUUUUGACCUGGUUGUGAAUGAUUUUUUACACUGAUCACUAGUUCCAUUGGGUUCAGAGCCAGAAUCCCACCCUGGUAGCAAUUAUAAAUUGAAUUGUAGUUCAGGAUGGGUAAACUGUGUAUCUUAAUGUCUAGAAUAUGAAAAUACUGGUCAGUGUAUAUAGACACCAAGGUGCAGUGAAUGAUGUCUGCAUCACUGGUUAAGCAUGUGUACCUGGGUAGGUGAUCUUGGGUACUACACCAUUUUAAUGUUGGUCACUCGUUUACAUGGACCCCCUCCACCCGGCAUUGAUGGAAGCCUAGAAGCACCAUUGGUAAUGUGAACACAUUGACACUGGUAGGCACGUAUAUUUGCAAGUGGUAUAAGAUUUGUAGACAGUGUGUCUUAUUAUGUUUUGCUUCAUUGUUUUGAAAUGUGGCACUUGUAAUUAUAUUCUGAAGUUCACUACUUUUCAUUCUGGCAUAUUCAUUAGGGAGUCCACUGAAACUUCAAAUAUUUCAAAAAAAUAUCGUGGCCAUAAAAUGGGAUCGAACCCACGUCCGUGAACUCCCAAGCACACGACUUCCAACUGGACAAUGAUAGGGAGUCCGUCUAGGGAGUCCUGAGAGAUGGGUUUGAUCCCAAUGUUCGUCUGGUCUCAAUAUUUUCUCAGAUUCGCCAUGUUCUUGAGAUUUCAUGAUACUGUUUCAAUCAUUUACUCAUUUUCAUAAUUUACAUAUACUGUAUUUUGGUGUUUUUUCUGUGAAUAGUUAAUCAUACAUAAUGUGUUGUCUCUUCAGAUCCCAUUUUUAUUUCUCAACUGCUUAAUAUAGGAUUUUGUGUUCAUUUUUACUUGUACAGUAGUUUAAGGUUGUACACAAGAUUCUUAGUUGAUCUUUAUCAUUCUGUACUCUGAAUAAAAAAUAAAUGAAUAACAUUUGAAAAA